ACUUGAAGUUCAAGAGCCUGGCUGGCAGAGAGAUGAUGGUCCGUGCACACGAAGAUCAUUAAGAAUGGUUGGAAACCCUAGGGUUUAAUCAAGAAAACCCGCCAUCAUCGUCGAUUGACUGUGCAAUGUUUUUGUUGGGACUGUACUGAAGUUUUGUUUAGCAGGUCAAAAAAUAAAAUAAAAUCAACGGUCCAGAUUGUUCUCCUCCUCUAUGCCGCUCUCAAGCCAAAUUCACAGAUUCGAUUCUCACCCCUGUGGUUGCUGAUGCCGUAAUGACAGAAUUGCCCUUAUUGUGAAGGCUUAUUUACUUCUUGUAUUCAUGAGAGUUGGGAUUGGACUAACAGGGACGCAAGGUCCUGAAAAUUAAUCGAAGAUCGAAAUGGAGGAAAGAGAAUCAAAGAAAGCAGAGGAGGCGACAUGGAACAGAGAAACAGUUCCGAAAGUGAUGAAGAUAGUGAGUACCAAACUUUCUCAGAGAGACCUCAUAUCUCUUCUCGUGGUCAGUCCAUGGCUUCACCGCACUCUCAUCUCCUAUCCUUCUAUGUGGAAGGUUCUUGAUUUUAGAGAGAUGAAUCAUGCUGGUGAUCGCCUCAUAGCUGCCCUUUCACUGUCUAGAUAUCAGCAUGUUGAGCAGAUAAAUCUCGAGUUUGGACGAGAUAUUGAAGACACACAUCUGGAACGACUCAAAGAAAAGUGUUUGGACUCUCUUCAAAACUUGGAGUCCCUAAAUCUAAAUGGUUGCCAGAAGAUCUCUGACAAGGGAAUUGAAACUAUAACCGGUGCUUGCCCAAAACUUAAGGUUUUCUCCAUUUAUUGGAAUGUGAGGGUUACAGAUAUUGGUAUCCAGUAUCUUGUGAAGAACUGUAGACAUGUAGUGGAUUUGAACUUGAGUGGCUGCAAGCAUAUAUCAGACAAAAGUUUGCAAUUAUUUGCUGACAAUUAUCCAGAGUUGGAGUUUCUUGAUCUGACUAGGUGCAUCAAGCUUACAGAUGGUGGCUUGAAACAAAUAUUGUCAAAGUGCUCCUUUCUUCAGAGUUUAAAUCUGUAUGCUCUGUCAAGCUUCACAGAUGAGGCCUACGCGAAAAUAUCACUUCUAUCCCAUCUUAGAUUUUUAGAUCUAUGUGGUGCCCAGAAUAUAUCAGACGAAAGUCUUUCCUGCAUAGCUAAAUGCAAGAAGCUCGUGUCUCUCAAUUUAACGUGGUGCGUGCAAAUCACUGAUGCAGGGGUCAUGGCCAUUGCUCAAGAUUGUACCUCUCUUGAAUUUCUAAGCUUGUUUGGAAUAGUUGGAGUCACUGACAAGUGUCUUGAGGUCCUUUCAAGGUUUUGCUCAAAUACGCUUACUACCCUUGACGUAAAUGGAUGCAUUGGCAUCAAGAGACGAAGCCGUGAUGACUUGCUUCGACUGUUCCCAAAUUUGAGGUGCUUCAAAGUUCACAGUUGAUCUGCAUGCGGAUCCACUAACGUGUCUAUAUCCGUGAACUGUUGUGUGUACAUCACCUUGAAGGUAUGAUGUCUUUUCCUUCACUACGAGCGAAGAUCGCAAACAAUAUAUUGUAUGCUGAACUAUUCUAUAUUAGCCAUUGAUUCAGUAUUUUUGGCCAAAGACAUUGAGCAACAAAGGCAGGGAAGACCAGGCCAUAGUAAUAAUGCAUUUGAUACUCCAAUGACGUGGUUAGUCUGAUUUUGCCCAGGACUGAUCCAUCACGGCUGUAAACUUUAAAGUUUUGUGGAAGAAGAAACUUGUGAAGUCCCAUGGUUAUAUUAUUAUUAUGUUGUUUUAGAAACGUGGGUCCUGCCUUGUGGCGUUUGCAAACUGAAUGGGGAAGUGGGCCUGGAAGGAUCAUUGAUGGGCCUAGAUGUAGGGGCUAAGAUGGAACCGUGUCUUGACCCUAGAUGAAGCCCAACUCGCUCGAAAGGAAGAGGUCACGACUCAUUCCUCCGGAGCCUUUCAACGUUUUUAAUUUAAAAUAAUUAUGUAUUUAGAUAUGACCUUACUAUAGAAAUUAUUUAUUUUUAUUAUAAUGAUUUUCGCAUGCCAAAAUUUUCAAACAAA